CCACUUUCUUUGCACCUUUAAGGGUCUGGAUCCACAUCAAGUCACAGCCAUGGCAUCCUCAGAGGGGCCUGCGUCCCAGGGAAUUCCCGGGCUCCCAGGCCUGGGUGACCUCACAGGCAAAGCCUUCAGACCCUCCCCCAGGGGGCGGGGCUCCAGCACCCCGACUGACCCGGUGCCUCAGGACCCCAGCACACCGCUCUGGUCGCACCCGGAACCUACCAUGGGACAGCUGAUCACCAAGUUGAUGGGUAUUUUUAGCAAUCAGGGUAAGGGUGUGAUCAUCGUGGGACUGGACAACGCGGGGAAGACCACCAAUCUCUACCAGCUUGACAGUCUCCUCCUUUCUGACUCCUCACUUUUGCCUUCCAUCUCCUUUCUCACAACCCGAAAUGAAGGCGGCUGUGAGUUCUCUUCUGCUGGCCAGUUCAUCAUUCUUGUGAUCGACAGCACAGACAGAGAUCGGCUGCUUACUACUCGGGAGGAGCUGUAUAAGAUGCUGGCUCAUGAGGCUCUACGAGAUGCUUCCGUCCUGAUCUUUGCCAACAAGCAGGAUAUGAAGGACUCCAUGACCACUAAGGAGAUCUCCCAGUGCCUCACCCUCAGUACCAUCAAACACCACCCGUGGCACAUCCAGGGCUGCUGUGCCCUCACCGGGGAAGGGUUGCAGGCCGGGCUCCAGUGGAUGCAAUCUCGGGCCACUGCCAGCUGAUGAUAAUCAACUAGAAAUUUGGGGGAUUUUUCAUGGACCAUACAUGUGGAAAGUCCAAAUGAGUGUUUAUUACUGGUGUAAGAGCCUCUGGUGGGUACCUAGAGGCUCUCCCCCACUCACCGAGGCCUCGAUUCCACACUGGAAUUGCUGCAGACAGGGCAGCAGAAAAGCUGUCCCUCACUCACUCUGUGGAAGCAGGUGUCCUGAGACUGUCUGGUGUGUCAAAUUAGAAAGUGGAGCCCCUUCCUCUCAGUUCUCAUUCCUCUGUAGGGAAACUGGAGGAGAGUGGGGAAGAGUAAGAGACCCCUAGAAUGUGUUUUUUACUUUUUCUUUUUUUUAUUUCCUAACCCCCCACCUAUACCUUCUUCACUCCUCUCAGCCGCACCCCACCCUACUGGUCCCUCAGUCAUUUUGUCCCUUACCUUUGGGGCAAAGAAGAGCUCAGAAAGGAAGGGAGUAGUUCAGGGGUAAGAGUGAAGAACAUCCCACAGGAGUAAUCUGUCAAUCUGUCCAGUGUAGGGGUUCCACUAGAACCCCCUACUUCUCCCUCAAUUUCCUUCAGGGAUGCUUGCUUGCUCUGGUCAGUCUUUGAGCUUUAAGUCAUCCAAAGAUACACUUUUCACUCCCAGACUCCUCUUCAAGAGUCCCAGGCUCCUCCAGUAUGCGUCUCUAAUCUGUUUUUUUUUUUUUUCACCUGUUGUAUCAGGGUUUUUAUAAAGCAGUAAUAAAUGGCACUGAGAACAGUUCGCCUCUUAUUUCUGA